AUGGAUCACGAAUCGAGUGUCGCGGAGUAUCAUGCUACCGCAGUUGAACCUCGUCUUCAUGACAAAAAAGACCACAAGGACAUGGCAGGUGGCAUUGAGCCAGUCGACCAGGACCAUGCGGGCUCCACCGGAGACGCUGCAAGCUUGGUGACAGCGGAUGGAGACGAGCCCACCGACGAGGAGAAGCAGACCCUCCGCAAGGUUUCCGACAAACUGCCCUGGUCCGCCUUCCUCGUUUGCGUUGUUGAGCUUUGCGAACGAUUUACCUAUUACGGUCUCUCGGGCCCGUUUCAAAACUAUAUCGAGAACAGCUACGGCGGCGGCCUCCCCGGAGCCAUUGGCUUGGGGCAAACCGGCGCUACAGGCUUGACGGAUUUCUUCCAGUUCUGGUGUUAUGUGACCCCAGUUCUGGGCGCGGUUAUCAGUGACCAGUAUCUUGGGAAGUACUGGACUAUCUUCUACUCCGCCAUUAUUUACAUCGUCGGAAACCUCAUCCUUUUCCUGACCUCUCUUCCCGCUGCUAUCGAGAAUGGUGCCGCUCUAGGAGGCCUCAUCGCCGCGAUGAUUGUCAUUGGUCUCGGCACUGGAGGUAUCAAGUCCAACGUUUCACCCUUGAUUGCAGAGCAGUACGACAACACAGUGCCCUACGUGAAGACACUGAAGUCCGGGGAGAGGGUCAUCGUGGAUCCCGCAACCACGAUCAAGAGAAUUUACAUGAUCUUCUAUAUGAUGAUCAACAUUGGCAGUCUCUCUAGCAUUGCCACCACCGAGCUGGAGGCCAAUGUUGGAUUCUGGGCCGCUUAUCUUCUCCCAUUCCUGAUGUUCAUUGUCGGAGUGAGCGUGCUCGUUGCUGGAAAGUCCAAGUACAAGCUGCGCCCUCCCCAGGGCAGUAUCAUCCCCAAGGCCUUCAAGAUUAUGUGGAUAGCCAUUACCCACAAGGGCAACUACGACGCUGCCAAGCCUGAAUAUCACGAGGAGCUCUGCACCGGUCGCAAAUACAACAUUACCUGGGAUAGCCUGUUUGUCGAGGAGGUGAAGAGAGCCCUGGUCGCCUGCAAGGUCUUCCUUUUCUUCCCGAUUUACUGGGUGGUUUACAGCCAGAUGCUCAACAACUUCAUCUCGCAAGCCGGUCAGAUGAAUCUCCACGGAAUUCCGAAUGACCUCAUGCAGAACUGGGAUCCGAUAACAAUUAUCAUAUUUAUCCCUAUCUGCGACUACAUCUUCUACCCUGCACUGAACAAGAUGGGCUUCAAGAUGCUGCCAAUCACGCGUAUCUUCUGGGGCUUCAUGCUCGCCGCGGGCGCGAUGGCCUACGCCGCCGGUGUUCAGAAGAUGAUCUACAACUCCGGGCCUUGCUACGAGGCGCCCGCCGCUUGCCCGGCCGCCCUGCAAGAGGACGGAACCUACGCACCAAACGAUAUUCACGUUGCUAUCCAAGCUCCUGCCUAUCUGCUCAUCGGUCUCUCCGAGAUCUUUGCCAGCAUCACUGGCCUGGAAUACGCAUUCACGAAGGCUCCAGCAAACAUGAAGUCGUUCAUCAUGUCGCUGUUCCUACUGACGAGCGCAUUCGGUUCCGCCCUCUCGAUCGCCCUCUCCCCGACCGCCGUCGACCCCAAGCUGCUCUGGAUGUACACCGGACUGGCAGUCUCGUGCUUCCUGGCUGGUAUUAUCUUCUGGCUGCUGUACAGUAGGUACAACCGCACAGAGGAAUCGAUGAACGAGCUCGAGAAGUUCUCGGAGAAGCCGAAGCCUGUUGGUGAGCAUGGAACAGAUCGCGAUCUUGAGAAGGUUGCGACGACGUCUACAACCGCCAGGGAAAAAGCUCCUUAA